AUGGCUCUCUCAUUCCCUACCCGCCAACUCUACUACAACGGCCAGGCGCAGGCCGCCUCGUCCGGAAAGACCUUCCAGACCAUCAAUCCCGCCACAGCAACCCCACUGGCCGACAUUCAGGUGGCCUCUCCCUCCGAUAUUGACUCCGCCAUUACUUCGGCAGACCGUGCUUUCCCCGCGUGGUCGCAAACUCCUCCUAUUGCUCGCGCUCGCAUCCUUCAAAAGGCCGCCACCCUCCUCCGGGAGCGCAAUGACGAGAUCGCCCGCGUCGAAACUCUGGACUCCGGCAAGGCAUUCACUGAGACCAGCACGGUCGAUGUGGUCACUGGUGCGGAUGUCCUUGAAUACUACGCCAAUUUUAUCGGUGGCGGGGGCCUGAAUGGCGAGACCACGCAGUUGCGAGAGGAUGCAUGGGUGUACACUAAGAAGGCUCCGUUGGGUGUUUGUGCUGGCAUCGGGGCUUGGAACUAUCCAAUUCAGAUUGCCCUGUGGAAAUCAGCUGCUUGUCUUGCAGCCGGCAACACCAUGGUGUACAAGCCGAGUGAAUACACCCCUCUCCACGGUCAAACCUUAGCCGAGAUCUAUACUGAGGCGGGCUUGCCUGCUGGUGUUUUUAACGUGAUCAACGGCGCUGGCGACGUUGGUGCCUACCUGACCAACCACCCUCAAAUUGCUAAGGUGUCGUUCACCGGUCAGGUGGCGACCGGUAUGAAGGUGGCAGGCUCCGCAUCGGGCAACAUGAAGUAUGUGACUAUGGAAUUGGGUGGCAAGAGCCCCCUGAUUGUCUGUCCCGAUGCGGACCUUGAGAAUGCCGUCGACGGAGCUAUGAUGGCCAACUUCUACAGCACAGGUCAGGUCUGCACCAACGGUACCCGUGUGUUCGUCCCCCGGUCCAUGAAGACAGCCUUUGAGAAGCGUCUGCUGGAGAAAAUUUCCUUUGUGCGGGCUGGCCCACUCUUUGACGAGCAGACAAAUUACGGACCCCUGAGCUCUGCUGUGCACCAUGAGAAAGUGGUCGCGUACAUUCGCCACGGUAUCGAGACGGACCGAGCCACCCUGCUCUGCGGAGGUCCUGAUAAGCCCGCCGUACCCCAGGACCUGCAGGCUGGCUACUGGGUCAAGCCCACCAUCUUCACCGACUGUACCGACUCCAUGCGCAUUGUCAAGGAAGAGAUCUUCGGACCUGUCAUGACUCUGCUAUUCUAUGAUACCGUCGAGGAAGCGGUGGAGCGCGCCAACGCCACUGAGCUUGGUCUCGCAGCCGGUGUCUUCACUAAGGAUCUGAAUCAGGCCCACCGCGUCAUUGAUCAGCUCCAGGCGGGUAUCACCUGGAUCAACACCUGGGGUGAGAGCCCGGCCGAGAUGGCCGUGGGUGGCUGGAAGAAGAGUGGCCUGGGUGUGGAGAAUGGCCGUCGGGGUAUCGAGGCCUGGUUGCAGAACAAGAGCACCCUCGUUGAUAUGAGCGGUGCCGUUGCGACUGUUUUUGCCAAACUGUAA